AUGGUUAAUGUUUGUCGUCAAGUAAUUUCUGCGUUGAAAAGUUAUUUUCAACAGUUGAAUCUUUUUCGACCGACACUUAAUAGCGGCGAAAAUGAAAAUGAGCAACAAGAUCAUUUCAACAUUCUUGUCACUCGAGUCUACUUAGUUCUUCUCGUACUUCUUCUCAUUUGUUUUGCUUCUUUUACGACAUUCAGACUCAAAAGAACGAUCAUUGAACUUCAAAAUCCCACUGAAGAACAGUUUAAUGCUUUACCUGCCGAUGCCAAUUGUCCUUGUUCUCAAAUUUCACUAUAUUAUGGUGAAUUCGUCUCAUUACAAGCGAAUCUACAUGAAAUAUGUCGCAGUGAGUUCGUAUCGGAGCGAUGGAUAAAAGCGAUUUUUUCUUAUUCAAAUUCGACGUAUUUCAAUUUCAAAGACUUUCGUACAUUCGGUAGUGCACAGUUUCAAGCACUGUCUGGCUUCUGUGAUCUGUCGCGUUCUCAUCUUCAACAGAAUAUCGAUUUUUUCAAACGAACAAUGUUGGUUAGUACACAAGUUCUUUCGAAGAUCAAUUUCCAACAAGAAAUUGAGUCAACUAUCGCCCGAUUCAAACAAACCGUUUCUCGAUCAUUCGCCGCGCAAUUCAAAUUCAUGCGGCAAAUAAUCACGAACAAUAGACUAAUCUCGGGUCUUCAGACAAACUUUUACCUUACAUUCGACGCAAUUUAUCCUCCUGCUAUUUAUGCUGUUAUGUAUAAACGUGCGGAUAAUACGAGUUGCAAUUGUCUCGUAGAUUCCGAAUGUACUUCAAAUGCCGUCAUUGACAGUAUAUUUGGAGCUCAAACACAGUAUGAAUCUGGUAACAUAAAAAUAAUACCAGGAUUAGCAUCGGGUUGUUUACCAGUGAAUUCAAUUCUUGCAUCAACACUUGAAUGUUUUUAUAAUCAAACAUGUUUAAAUGAAUUGAUUUCAUUUUUUCCGACGAAUGAAAAAUUCUCAGCAAUGAUCGUUAACAAUCAAAGUCGUUUUAAUCCGUUUACAGUCUUGCGAUCAAUCGUUGACGAUUUGAUGGUGGAAGAUUGGAUAACCAACGCUUCUUACACGAAGUUUUUCAAUGCAUGUGCAUCUCUCUCGUGUACCUAUGUGAAAGAAAAACGACAAACUUGGCAAUUCGUUCUUACACAACUCAUCAGUGUACUCGCAACCUUAACGAUGGCACUUCGAAUAUUAGUUCCAAUCGUUGUUAAAUUUAUUAUGGACAAAAUAAAUCAAGUUGUAUAUCCGGAAAUUCCUAUUCGGAUUCGUUUGGAAGAACUUCUAAAAACAACAAAAAAAUCAAUCAUCGAAUUGAAUUUAUUUAAAGAUUCUUCUUGCAACGAUCGACAAUCUCGCUAUUCACGUUAUGCUACUCGUUUGUAUAUCAUUCUAAUUAUCGCUUCACUUUCAAUCUUAACUCUAUACAACGUCACGAUCCAAAUCGUUCAUCAUCGUACGAUUUCAAAUCCAUCCGAACAUCCAUAUCUCAAUCUCGAUCAACUAACAUGCCCAUGUACUUCAUUAUCGAUACCAUAUUCUUCGUUUCUUACUAUACAAGCUCAGUAUCAUCCGAUAUGUUCAAGUUAUUUAACAACUUCACAAUGGAUCGAAUUUGUUCGUCCGAAAGAUUUGGAUCAACUUGUUUCGUUCGAUUAUGAUUAUAAUGCUGCUACUUAUUUUCAAAUCUUAGCAAUGUUUUGUGAACAAGUGAAAGUCAUGGUUGAUAACACCCUUGACGAUUUUCUUCAAACACAAAUUGUUGGUUCACAUUUAAUGCAUCGAGAACUUUUUGAGAAACAAAUGAUUCAACUGAUUAGAAAUUGGAGAGAAUCGACGGCCAAUCAAUUCAAACGAAGUAUAAAUAUUACUCAGCAGACUAUUUCAAUCAAUCAAGCAAUGAACCGUCUGAAUAUCUAUUAUCAAUAUUUAUCACCUAGUAAAAAACAAGUCAUCACCGAACCGAGACAUUAUGACAAUUGUAAUUGUGCUUAUGCAGAAUGUUACACGCCGAUGAAAAUAAUUCACCAUCGAAAUGACAGCGACUUCUUUUUUAUUCCGAAUUUUUUCGUGGGAUGUUAUCCGGUCGAUGCUCUACUUAAAUCGACAUUGGAAUGUUUUUACAAUGAAUCGUGUAAUAGAAAAGUUCAUUCAUAUUUUACUUCAUCGUCUAGCGGAGCCUGGACUUUUCCUGCACUUCAUUCGAGGAGUAAUUCAGCUGGUCAAUCGAUUCAAUCGAUUGUCAAUCAAUUAAUGGUUGACUCGUGGUCAGAAGAUAUCAAUUUUACUUCUUAUUAUAACAGUUGUGCGCCGAAUUCAUGCACCAUUGAAUACACGGGCCGUUAUCACAUCUUAACAAUUAUUACUACUGUUAGCGGAUUAUUCAGCGGAUUAUCAUUUGGUUUUCAGAAGAUUAUCUGGUUUGGUCUGCGGAUAAUCGAUGAGUUUUUCAAAGCAAUUUCUUUUCGAGCAUUUUUACGUUAUAUUCGAACGCUUUUCAAUCGGAGUGAUGUGGAGCAAAUAACGAAUCGAUUACAUGUUAUUCUUGUGAUAUUAGCUCUUUACAGUCUUUACAUGCAUCACGUCUUUCGUUCUGAUUUGACCAUCGUAGAUACCAAAAAACCCAAAUUAGAUUUUUAUCGUCAAUUAUUUGCAGAACAUGCUGGUUCUUUACAUUGUCAUUGUUCAGAAAUAUCCAUCCAAUAUCGUUCGUUUCUAAGCAUAACUCCUGAUUUCUAUUCAGCGUGUUCGAGGAACAUUGCGGACGAAUUUUGGGCUAUAAUUAGCUCUAUUUCACUUGUUGAUUAUAUAGAGAUCUACACCCAAAAAUAUGGAUAUGUAGGUAGCGGACAAUUAGCGGCCCUUGAUAAAUUUUGUAAACUAUCGAAGGAAAUCGUAGAAGAAGCUCUCAAUCAAUUAUUAACCAGUCAUUUCGUCAAUAAUCGAUUAUUGCCAGAAUAUUUAUUAACACAGCGCAUUCAAUCAACUAUAAGUGAUGUUCAAAUCGGAGUGUCGAAGACAUUUGUAAAUACAUACGCAUUAAGUCGAUUGGCAGUAACGGCAAAUCAGUUAAUGAAUACAUAUGGUACUAGUUGGGUGUUUGCUGAGCAUCCAAAGGUUGGGUAUCUGAGUACUCUUCAUACUGUACCAGUUAUUGUACACGGAUGCAAUUGUGGUCUAAAUCCAAAAAAGUGCAUUGAUGAGCUUUUUAAACUGAAGUUUGGCUGUUAUACGAUUGAAGCUAUGUUGCAAUCAACAAUCCAAUGUCUCUACGAGAAAAGCUGUUUAGAUAAAACAAAUAGAACGAAACCACUCGAGAUUUUAUAUAAUCAGGGUCGUUUUUCACUCAAUACAACGUUUGAAACACUGUUGAAUGAAUUAAUGUUAGAAAAACUUGUCAGCAACUUAUCUUAUGAGAAUUAUUUUGAGAAUUGUUCACCCUCAUUAUGUACUCAUUCUAUUCAAAAUGCAAACAAUUUAAUCGAAGGAAUUACAAUAGUCAUUGCUCUCUACGGCGGGGUCGUAAUCAUCUGUCACUCAAUUGCGGUUAUUCUCGUCAAACUACUCCCACGUCGACCUACGGCAAUUACACCGACGACCGACUAA